ACAAGUCAAUUCACACUCAAUAUUCAUCAGCAACUCUUCUACCCGUCUGCUCCUCCUCGAUCGAUCUGCGGCUCUCCUCCCGGCCGUGUCGUCGUCGCAUGCGACCAUCCCUGCUGCGCCGCUUCACGGCCACCUCCGCCGCCGCGCGAUCCCUGCCGCUGCAGCCGGCGCCGACGACCGCCGGCCUCUCGGCGUUGCUGCACAAGCACGAGCAGGGUUUCUCCACGGCCAUGGACAGCGGCGGCUUGCACGAGAAGGCGCCGCCGCCGGCCGGGGGCGUCGCAGAGCGCAUCUUGCCGCAUCUCCUCAACAUGUACGGAUCGUGCGCGACGGCCCGGGACUUCGAGAUAUACGCGCCAGAAGCGACGUUCGAGGACCCGCUCAUGCGCGCUCACGGGGUGAAGCAGAUCAAGUCCUCAUUUUACGCGCUCCCAAAGGUGUUCGGGGAAUCCAAGAUCGUGGAGUACACGGUGCACGAGAAUCCCACGGGGCCGGGCAAAGCCGAGAUUCUGAUCGACAACAAGCAGCACUACAAGGUGUUCGGCAAGCCGGUGGACCUGACGACGCUCAUCAGGCUCCAGGUCGAGGACGGCAAGGUCGUCAGGCACGAGGACUGGUGGGACAAGAAGCCUCUGAAGAACCGGGAGACGGUGGGGUUCCCGCUGGCGGGGCGGAUCGCGGAGGCUACCCGCCGGGGAGCCAUGCUGCUCACCCACGCCCUCAUGGGAUUCGGCAAGGACCCACCAACCACAGCCUCCUCCUGAUUUACUGUUGUGAUUAUUGCUACUGCUACAUACAUCAAUAAUCGAAUAAUCUGCUAUUGCCCUGUCCAGUAGUGUCAUUUUGCUUGUCUCAAGCCACUGUAUGUAAUGUCGUACCUAUAUACUAGCAAGGACCGGACCAAACAAGGGAAUGAAGCAGAUGUGCUUUUGGUUUUAGCACUACAAAGUAUAAGGGGAAAAUAGGUGUUUUGGUCUUU